UAGACUUUGAGUUCGUAAUGACAUUUUGGACGUUGUAAAUGAAAUAGUUUUUCAGACUUUUCCAUAUCACCUGGAGCCAUUGAAGCAACCAUAUCAAAGAACUUAAGACGUUCCCAAUACUGACAACAACAUUGAAGCAACACGUCGUGCUAUAAUCAGACAAUUCCAUCGUGAUGUGUGAGAACUUUUAUGCUCAAAAUCCUAAUUCAAGUAGUCAUUUAUUUGGUACUUCCAAGGAGCUGGUAGGGAAUGAGAUAGAGUUCGAGUGACGCAUCAAUCUUAGAUUUCAUAACUUUCGAGAUGCUUCCUUGAGAAGGAAAGCCAACUUGUUUUAUUACUUUACAGAGAUGCUUUAGAGGAUGGAGACCGUAUCAGUUAUAGCUAUACCUUACCUCAUACACUUGUGGACAUGGAAACAAUAUGUUACUGCUAAACUUGAAAAACUGAAAAUUGUAACAAGUUAAUCGUAUUGAAAGGUGCGGACGGAUCACCUCCUUUCUGAAAAAGUAAUGCCUAGAAUCUUUUAUAUAAGAACGAGAUGCUAUAUAUGAAUCACUCACAUAUUUUUCGGAUAGCACUAUGUGGGAUUGGGAUUGAGGGGUUGGUUUUCGCGAUGUAUUGUUACCCUUUUGAUAGGGCAAGUCCCCUCACCAACCAUCCCCGCAACAAUCCACAUCCCAUGGAAAUUAUUUUUCCUUGAACAAUAAUUAAUGUAAUUGCUCUAUCAUAAACAAUCCAAUUUUUUAAAUACUAGUACUCACCAUGAUCAGAAUUGCUUAACCACAUUGAAUAAUUAAUGCACCAAUAUAUAAGUCAUACCCCCUAAGUGCCAACCACCAUACAUUAAGGAGAUCAUUAGAAUCUUAGAGACCCACAUGUAGACAAGCAAGAUUCAUGCCAAAAAGAAUUGACAUGGCUACCCUAAAGAUUCCAAUUUUCCAUCCUGCAAACCAAAACUUUACCAAGACCCACCACAUGUUUUUCCUGACAUACCUCCAACAAUCCAUAACCAUUUCACCAUGAAAAAAAAAGAAGAUAAGAAGAAGAAAAAAAAUCUCACUAAGUUCAAAGUUUUAUGAGAUUGAUAAGGUUAUUGAUUUAGCAUUUUAGAUAAAACAGUGAUAGAAUCGUGAUACAAAUUUAGAUACGUAGUUGAACUAAUACGAAAUACGAAACGUAUUUUUGGGACAAACAAAGAGGCAAAUCAAUGGCAGCCCCACAAAGUAGGGGUGAUUAUACGGUCCGGUCCGGUUAAAUUGGCCCAAAUUGAUCUGGUCCAGUCCGAUUUUUUUGAAAAUAUAAGGACCAAAGAUUGGAUUGGAUACAGUCCGGUCUUGAUCCGGUUCGGUCUUGACCCGGUCCGGUCCCAAUUCGGUCUUGAUUUUAUAUUGAGCUUGUGGGGAUUUGAGUGGCCUAAGGACUGAAAGGGUGAGGAGUUGGUUAAGUUUUGUACUAAGUGCAAAAGUUUGUGACCGUUUAUGCAAAUUACCCUUAAAUUUUGGGUGUUGAGCUCUCUUAUCCGGUCUUUAUCCAGUUUUUGAUCCGGUCCUGAACGGUUUUUUACCUCAAAUCUAAGCCCAAAGAUUGGAUUGGAUUGAAUUGUUUAUUAUCCGGUCCCGGUCCAGUCUCGAUCCGGGUUAUACGGUCCGGUUUUGGAUAAAACAAAAAAACCGGACCAAAUAGCCAGUCCUACCACAAAGAGAGGCUCUUCAGGUUAAUAAUGGUGAUGGAAUCAUCAUGGGGUGAGGUUUAGAGUUAUUAAUCAAUGGUUUCAACUUUGUAGGGUCAUGGAGUAUCAUAUGGGGAAGUCUUGAUGUAAAAGGGCCCAACUGAAUAUUCAUUCUGAUGUAUUAGUUGAAGAAAUUUUGUGGGGUUUGGAAUUAAUUACAAUAUAUAUAUUUUAAAGGAGAGAAAAGAAAGAUUAAAACUCUAACCACACCUUGUGCCAUAUCUCUAUCAAAGACAAGUUGGAUCUAUUAACAUUAAUAUAGUUAAAGAUACACCAUUUUAGAACAGAAAAGGAACUGCAUGCAUUAGAAAAGAAAGAGAUAAAAGAUGAUUAAGGUCACCUAGCAUUAGUUUGUUGAGCAGAUUGAUGAAAAUGAAAUCAAACUCAGCAUCUAGCUAGGCAUAGUGAAUCUAUUCUCCUCAGUAAUGGAGUAAGGGACAUGGAACUUCAAUAAAGGAGACUGCUUUUACAAAAGCCAAACCCAUUAUUCUCUAUCAUUGUGAGAUUGAUAAAAAUAUUGAUGGAGAUGCAUAUUUCACUAGGUCCCAAACAUUGAAACCAUCAAUGAAAAUCAUUAAAUUAAUAAAUAAAACAGAACUAAACGGUGAACGAUUGUAAAUCAAUAGAUCUUAAAAUCGAUCGGUCACGUAAUAAGUAGGAAUAUUCUUUAAAAAGCUAUUUAGUAAUAUCGUAAAUCAAUUGUUGUUUCAUCUAAUCUAUUUUUCGUCCAGAUAAAGCAACAUGGUGAAUUCAUCUGUCCAAUAAUUUUUGGAUCCAUAGUUGCAUCUCCACCAUUGAUCAUUUGGCUUGAUGAAGCCAAGAAAAAACAUUUUGGCAGAAAGUCAUAACCACCCAUUAGUCCAUUACUUACUGCCAUCUUGAGAAGUGAAAACAAAAAAGAUGGUAAUCAAUAAUGUAGAAAGUAGAGAAAGUUAGAGAUGAGGCAACACUAAUAGAGUUCCAUUUUCCACUGUGCUUAGCUCAUUAGACCACCAAAGAGUUGACAAAUAAGAAGAAAGAGAGUUGCCAGAUGGACAAAUCCCUUCUGUUAAACAAUCUAAAAACAAAUUUAUCAGCAUUAACUACCCAUUUCCCAACUUCUUUUGUAUUGGGGGGACACCUCUCCCUCUUCCCAAAGCCCCCAUCUUCCUGAAGAAAGAAAUCCAUGACCCCAGAAAAAGGAAGGAGGAGAAAAUCCAGGUCUUUACCAUCAAUUCUGAUAGUCAAGUCAUUUUUUUUUGUAUCAAAUUCACCAAAGCUUACUUCUUCUUCUUAUAGGCCAUGGCCCUACCAUGUAGAAGAAAGUACACAGAACUGGCCCAACCUUAAAUUACCUGCCCUUCUUACCUCAUUCAUAACCAAGUUUCUUUCUAUCUGGUUUCUCCCCAAGGAAAAACAUGCCUUUGUUCCAUUUCAUGGUAACUUUCAUCUUCUUCUGUUUCAUUCUCAUGAUUGGUUUUGCUACUUCUUGGUGCCCACUUGACUACCUCCAACACCAACAAAGCAAUCAGCAACAGCAGCAGAAGUUUCAGCAGAUGAGUGAUGUGUUCUGGCAAUUCAAUGAAGAUUCCAACACCUGGGUUGAGCUGAAACUCCCCUUUGAUCUGGUCUCCUGUGUUGAUGAUAACUGUACCAAAGUGGGUUCCAUUGGUAGUGAGGUGUCAUCAUCAAAAGGAGAAGGAAAGCUUUUGGAAGGAGACCAAGUUGUCAGCAGCUUGAAGAAGAGCAAUCAUAAAGAGAUGGAACAUGGUGAAUUGCCUCUCCCACAAAGGAAGAGAAUUUCAUUGACCAAGAUGUCUGACAAUUCCAUUUGGGUCACUGGGGAAAGUGGGUCUAUCUAUGAGAGGUUCUGGAAUGGAGUUCAGUGGGUGAUUGCUCCACAUGAUCUUCCCUUAUCAGCUGGCCAUGCAAUUGGUGUUUUCAUUGUUAAUCAGACCAUUCUUGCCCUUUCAGAAUCAGGAGUCUUGUACCAGAUGCAACUUACUGAGAUUGCACAACCAAUUUGGGUGGAGCUCAAUCCUUCCAUUGAUGGGGAGCAAAGUUCCAGAGUCAUAAUCAAGUCUGGUGUUGUUUCCAAUGACAGGGUGAAAGUUUAUUUCUGCACAAAGAGUGGAUCAUUGCUGGAGCUGAGUGAGGUUGAGCCUCCAAGAUGGGUUCAUCAUGGAAAACCUCCAGGUGGAAAUGUUGCAGCAAUAGCUGAUGCAGCCACUGUGAAAUCAGAUGUUCUAUACACUAUAAGUUCAACAGGUGAUCUAUAUGAAUAUGAUGGGAUGUCAAAACCAUCAUGGAAGAAGCACAUAUGGGGCGAAGGAACGAUGUCAGAGACUUCUUUGCUGCCAGCAAUGGGCUAUUCCUUACAUGGAAUGACUGGAGAUAGCUCAGUAUCUCUCUUUCUCUUAACCAAGACAGGGAACUUGGUGGAGAGAAGAUUGCACCAGAGAAGAUGGAGAUGGAUAACUCAUGAAAGUCCCAGUGACCAUCAUCACUUCUUGACAUCCAUUACCCAAGCUCAGCAGGAUGAAUCAAAUGACAAGUUCUUCUCCUUGUUCUUCACCACAUCCACCGGAUCAGUCCUCGAAUAUCGAAUGUCAAAAAGUUCAGGCACUAAUGCUCAUGAGGGCAAACAGUGGAAAAACCAUAUGCAUCCUGAGCAAGCAAAAGCAGCAAGAGGAAUUGCAGGACUCCAGCUCCAACUGGGAAGAAUCCUCUUCCCACUAGACGAUGGAAGGCUCGCCGAGCUACACCCCCCUGGACUCGGAGGAGAGACCACUGGUCCAAACUACCAAGUCAGCAACCGACGAAAGCCAACAUCCAACAUCAGAUACCAAUGGUCAACCUUAGACUCCCCAGAGACUGAAGGUUGGAACUUGGAGUACUGCAGAGAAGAGAGAGGACCACUAAACUGCAUCAUGGGGAUGAAAGAUGAUCACAACAACAAUGAAGUCAAAACCACCACAAGGUCAACUGUUAGGAGGCGAAAACAACAGGAGUACUUAAUAUCAGCAGGCCAUUCUUCAGUCAAGUCACCAUCAUCAGAAGAACAUGCUGGUCUUUUAGACAAUUGGGUGAAUGCCAACUUUAGGCUGAGGGUUAUGCAUGGAGGGAGAUCAUUUUUCCUGAUAACAGAUGGUGGAUUUACAUUCGAGUAUCUGUACACCGAGAACGUGUGGCUGUGGUUGAGGCAUGACCAUCCAACGGCUAUGAGAGGAGCUCUGGGGAACUACAAUGGGAGCUUGUUCUUGGUUGAUACUUAUGGGAGCUUGCUUAUAAGGGAGAGGAGUGGGAAUGAUCUAGGAUGGAUUAAUUGUACGGCGAUGAGAAAAGGGAAACAGGUGAAUGGAGGCCCUCCAUGGGAUGGGAUUCCUGGCAGAGCACUCAAAGUCACAGCAGAAGACUCAAUCUUCUUUGUUAGCAGGAAUGGAAGGUUGCUUCAGUUCACUGUAGCACUGAGGAAGUUCAAAUGGAAAGACUGCAGAACCCCACCAAAUACCAAAGUAGCAACCAUAGUAGACCAGGAGCUGUUCAGGCACAACAUAGUCUUCAUCACAGGACAAAACGGCAGACUCUAUCAGUACAACAAGGUCACAGAACUCUGGCACGAGCAUUACCAAUCCCAGCACCUGACCCUCUCCAUAUUGCCAGGCACUCCAAUGCGAUCACCAUCGCCAUCAUCGUCCCUCACAGGCUCUCUAUUCAUGGUUUCCGAUGAAGGUGGCCUGGUCGAGUACCAUUGGAACGUGGGGGACGGAUGGAGCUGGAUCGAACAUGGCACGCCACACAAAGGCGUCGCCUUUGCCACGUCGCCAAGCCCCUGCUUCCAUGGUGGACAAUUUCUGCUUGUGGGGUCGGAUGGGAGGGUGUACGUGAGGUAUGUGGACGAGUUGAUGACGUGGCGGUGGAGGAACUGUGGGUUCCCUUAUGUUGGUAAAGGGAAGAAGGAGGUUGAUGAUGAUGAAGGAGGAGAAUUUGAAGUGUGCAUGGAUGAAAGUUUUGCCAAGGAGUUGGAGAAGGACGAAGAAAGCUUGCAUGAACACAACCCACACUGUGAUCCCAAGGUGGCUUCUACGAGACCGAUCCCAUUCUCUGAAGACAGUGUGAUCUUUGAGCUGAGAGAUGGCAGGUUGGCAGAAAUGAGAAGGGUUGAAGGAGACAAAUGGGUUUGGUCUCGAACGAUUGGAACGCCGACGAGCUUGUGCAUCUCGAAUUACUGGACCGCCGUGGCAUCGUGAGAUAGACAUACACACUUACACACACAGACACAGCUAUAGUAACGAAAAUACGACAUGAAAUAUGUACAAAGUUGACCCUAGAAGAGUGUUAUUGUAUAGUGAAGCUAAGAUAACAAAGCAAAUAAGAAUGUGGUCAAGGCUCAGACAAUGCCAUUCAAUGGACUGAAAAUUACCACAAACUCUGACAAUAUUCCUCCUGCCGCCUACUAAUAGUAAUGGGAAUUUUACUUAUGCAACCCUUCCCGACCUAGUCAACAAGUUUUUGCAUUGACAGGGUAUGAGGAUUGAGGAGUACCCCUAAAUCAAACUAGUUUUGAGUCCGGCCGAUUAGUCGAUUCACUAUUAUUUCAUUAUUUUAAAUACUUUCUUAGAUUAUAAUUUGGUGCAUAUAUUUUAAUUAUCUUAUCGCUUUUGAAAAAGUGGCAUUUGAACUGAAUUUGAUGUCAAACACCUUCAAGAAAAUAUAAGUAUAGUGUCGUGUGAGACCCUAAUAAAGGUUUGUAAGAGGUUGAGCUCGUAUAUAGGCUAAUUUUUUCACAAAGUGGUACAUGUUUCGAAUUCAAGACUGGUUCACUAUUAUUUCGUAAUUUUAAAUACUUUCUAAGAUUAUAAUUUGGCGCAUAUAUUUGAAUUAUCUUAUCUCUUAUGAAAAAGUGACAUAUGAACUGAAUUUGAUGUUAAACACCUUCAAGAAAAUAUAAGUGUAUCGUCGUCGUGUGUGACUCUAAUAAAGGUUUGUAAGAGCUUGAGCUUGUAUAUAUGUUAAUUUUUUUCACAAAGCAAUGCAUGUUUCGAAGUCAAGACUAGUUCAUCGUUAUCUUGUUAUUUUAAAUACUUUGAAAGAUUAUAAUUUGGUGCAUAUAUUUGAAUUAUGUUAUCUCUUAUGAAAAAGUGACAUUUGAACUAAAUUUGUUGUCAAACACCUUCAAGAAAAUUUGAGGUUACCAUCGUGUGUGACUCUAAUAAAGGAUUGUAAGAGCUUGAGCUUGUAUAUAUAUAUUUUUUUUUCACAAAGCAGUACAUGUUUCGAAAUCAAGACUGAUUCACCAUUAUCUUAUUAUUUUAAAUAUUUUCUAAGAUUAUAAUUUAGUACAUACAUUUGAAUUAUGUUAUCUCUUAUAAAAAAUGACAAUUUAUGUGUCCACAAACUCCAACCACGUUCUAGGGUACUUAGAAAACAACAAAAUACGAAGAUCUUUUGUAAAGUUCGCUUCUAAAACUAGUAUCAUCCGAACAAUGUAAGUUCUAUACUUUUGGAUAUUCUGUCACCUAGCUCAGUCUUCUGCCACUGUCUACUGUAAGAGGUAUGAACUCUUGAUUGUUGGUUUAACCUUUCUUUCUUGAUUGUGGAAACAUUUGUUAGAUUGACAAUCCUUAAGAAAUCAAUUUAAGCUUUGUUGUGAAACUUCUGGCUAUCUUUUGGCGUAGAUAAAAGCUUCUUCUGGUAUAGGAAAUUAUGAAAACUCAAAAGUUGGAAAUUCAUAUAAACAGACGAGGCAACUAUUUUGAGGAAUUUCAUAUUAUCUUCAAAAAGAAAACAACUCUCAUUACUUAUGUUAUAAAAUACAACAUACAAACUUGAGGAAAAUGAUUUUGAUUGUAAUGAUAAUAUGUUAAGUGAUAUAAGUUUAGUUAAUAAAAAAAAAAAAGUGAUAUGAACUUAUUGUCAUCCACCUUGGAAUACAAACACUCAAGUAAAAAUAAAAAACCAAUCUAAAUGUCAAUCUUGCCACUGAAGCAACUGCUGAUGAAUAUUCUGCAUCAGUUCCACAGAUUAUUAUGAGGAAUGCAACGAGAAAGCAUCGAUAAGGUGUGAAUGGAUCCUCUUGAUCAAUGGUGUGUAUGAUCAUGGCAGAAAGUUUCAUGAUAUAUGGGAAGCAACAUCGUAUUUUGAACAAGUUAGUCGCACCGAGCGUUCUCUGCGUGAGCAACGGACAAGGUUGUCCAAUUUGGGCGAUGGAGAACUUAUGAUACGAAUUGGGGGCAGAACUUGUCGUAGACUCUUCCAUCUUCUCGAUAGACCAGUGCCAACCCUUGUCGAGAUUGAGGCAUAUGUUCAAAUAAUCAAAUGCGUGCUCAACAAUUAGUUGCUUGGCAAGCUGGACCCGGAGUUCAUCAGCCUGAACUAGGAGGAGCUGCAGGUCAGCCAGGAAAAUGAUGAUGAGCAUGUUGACUGUUAAUAAUGUGAUUCAUACAAUUUUUUUGUUAUCAUUUUAGGACAUCGAACAGAGCAAAUAUUGAGAUAUAAGCGAUUGAUUGUAAUAGGGAUUUGAUUUUAUGACUUGAGAUAGAGACGGAAACAACCUGACCUUUUUUGAAAAUCAAAUCACAACUCAAACCAAAAACCGGUUAUUCCGGAGCAACCAAACCACGUUUAAAAAAAAAAACUAAUUGACCAUGUUUAAGAAUUUCAAACGAAAAGGCCUAACACUUGGGCAAUCAUGAUCCAAACACUUAACCCAAAAUCUUGAACUUUGAAUCUCCAAUUCAUGAACUCAUAAUCAUAAACAUAAAAUAACUAUCAAAUUUUAACUAUAACUCUUCACCCAGUUCCUUGACAUCUCAUAAGUACUGGCACGGCCGCUCGCCUCAUCUUACUUCUUCUCGGGAUCCCCUUCCGCUAACUCAUCCUCAACCUGGUGAGAGAGAAUGGGUCAGUCUCGUCGUUACUUCCUAAGGUCUUGCCUUAAGCAAACCCUUACUAAACACAUUAUUAGCGGGUCAUCCUCAAUAACUUAUUUCAACAUUA